UUAGUCGUGUUUCUUCUUUCUUUGCCCCUCCCCUGCAAAACGGCAGGUGCCUCUGGUAGAGGGAGGUCGGGAGGAUGGCGGUGGGGUGUCAUCCAGCAAUAAAAAUACAUUUAUACGCGUUGAAUCUUUCCACUUUUAGACCAUUAAAGUCGCAUUCAUAUUUCGUCAGUCCACUGGCCGUUGACGCAGCGUUAUCCAGAAGGUGUGUGUCACUAUGUGCACGGACUGCCUCUGCGUCGUCUACCAUCUGUGCCCCUCCCUCUCCGAGUCCCAGCAUCACCGACAGCCCCGCGAUGCUGUCAUAACCAACACGUUUAUCGUUGACGACGCAGAGAGGGGCUGCCGUGUUUUCUCAAUGGUAACUGUGAUCGGGUUGCAUUGAUUCCUAAGCAGAAUACGGGCCUUAUGUAUGUAUGUGCGACCACCUUCGGAGACAUAACGGGCUGCUCGUUACAGGCUGAAGCCCUUUCUUCGAAGAUACGUGCGCGUCAUAUGUUAUAGGCUAUAGCCGAGGUCCAUGUGAAUACAUGCCUUUAGAUGUCGGGAGGCUUUCCGAGGGCAGUACUGAGCUAUAAAAGUGCGGCAGCGAUGUGCACGUCCGACGGCCACACGGAGCGAGCACAGUGAGAGACCAUUUGUUCCACUGUAGUCUUUGACUUUUCAGCUGUCGGUCACAGGCAGGGUUCAGGCUCUCCGCUUCAGCUCCUCACUUGGUUCACCGCCUGGUUUUAUGCGACGUCAUGAGUUGAUCGCGCCUGACAGAUGUUGCUGUGUUGCAGAUGCACAGGCAUCGCUCCUCACGUUCUUCUCGCUGCUGUUUAAGCGUUGCUUAGGUUAAAUAAUAAUAAUAAUAAUAAUAAGAAGAAGCUGAUUAUAUUCUAAAUGUUAAGCCCUCGCUUUGCUCUCGGACAGAUCGCAGCGUUCAUUUAGUCUUCGUGAUUGCAUAAAAUGAUACCUGGAUCCGCCGCAUCAAUGCUACCGUCAGCAGAAGCCGCGAAACUGUACCAGACCAAUUACGUCCGCAACUCCCGUGUGAUCGGACUUCUGUGGGCCAUCUUCACUAUUCUGUUCGGUAUUGUUAACGUGACCAUCUUCUCGCAGCCCUAUUGGAUUGGAGAUGGCAUGGAUACGCCGCAGGUCGGCUACUUCGGCCUUUUUCAUUAUUGUAUUGGAGAUGGAGUCUCCAGAGACCUGACCUGCCAGGGUAGCUUCACUGAGUUCUCCGCUAUCCCCUCUGGUGCGUUCAAGGCCGCCUCCUUCUUCAUUGGAAUGUCUAUGAUGCUGGUCGUCACCUGCAUCGGCUGCUUCAGUCUCUUCUUCCUCCUCAGCACAUCCACCGUGUACAAGAUCUGUGGCUGGAUGCAAGCAGCAUCAGGUGUCUGUCUGGUGCUGGGUUGUAUGAUCUAUCCUGAUGGAUGGGACAGUGACGAGGUCCGGCGGAUGUGCGGAGAGCAGACUGACAAGUACAGCCUGGGCGCGUGCUCCGUUCGCUGGGCUUAUAUCUUGGCUAUCAUGGGCAUCCUGGACGCCCUCAUCCUCUCCUUCUUGGCUUUCGUCCUGGGGAACCGGCAGGACGGCCUCAUGACAGAGGAGCUGCUGGCUGAAAGCAAGGAUGGAGGGAAUGCCUAAUCAAAUCAAUAGGUUCCCGAAGAUCCACGUGUCUGUUUUCAUAAAGUACCAGUCGAUCAACAUCAGCUUAAAAAGGAGGGAGGCGGUCCGAGUGCGUGGUGGAAAGGAAUUCUGUUGAACCAGCCAGCCUGCCUUUUGCAACUACCUGCCAAAAAAACCCAAUGUAACCUACCUUUGAUGUUGUGCUCACUGUUGUGCUCACAGUCCUUACGUCAUCCCCAGCAUUUAGAUGGAGCCCAAAGCACUUCUAUCCUAAUGUGUCUGAGCCUUGCACAACAUUUCAUAGACCAUGGCAAGGGGCAGAGACUGUUAAUCUGUCGACAAGUAUAUGGACUACCCACUACCUACCUGCAAAGACACAGGGUUGACAUUGUACACUUGCAUUGUGAGCACAGACAAAACACAAACACACACACACUCACACACACACACACACACACACACACACACACACACACACACACACACACACACACACACACACUACAACCAAUGUUCCCUCUAAUUUUUCAUGUGUCUGAGCGAACGCACAAACUCUCUGAGCGGUCCCUUGGACCACUGUGAGCAACAGCAGACGUGUGCACUGUGGUCACGCCAGCAUCGAAUCCAUCCAAGUUACAUGGUUUAUUAAAAUAAUCAAAUUACAGCAUUUAUGUUAGACUACUUUUAAUUAACUGCUUUAGCCCACUUACAAUGAAAAUUAAAAAAAAAAUCUUGUUCAUGACCUGUGUAUUAUGUUAACACUAUUGGAAGUAAAAAUUUUCCAAUUUUGAAAACACAACUUUCUUUUUUUUUUUUUCAUAAAGCUCUGACUUGUAUUAUGAGUAUGAGUCUGUGGUCUGGGAGAGAGUCCUGUAACUCUGUCUGCAAAAUACAGUAUAUAAUGACCAAUGUUGGGCAAUUAAUUAUAUAGUUACUUCUUUAAAAAAGUAACAGAGUUAUGCAAACAAAGUUUUUUGCAGCUGUUUACCUAAAAAUGCAGCCGAGGCGUUUUUUUAAAUAAACAUUUCAAACUAUUUACUGAACAAUCAGGCGUUCUGCAUCAAAUUUGAUGCCACACAAAUUAUUUUUGCCACUCCAAAAAAUAAUUUCUGUCCACUAUGAGAUAAAGGAGAACAACAGCCUGAUACCUGCAGGCCUGACAACAGGAGAUGUAUCACUCCUGUAACACCUGUAACAUUCAGUAGUCGCCUCAUUGUUCUGACACACAACAAAACUAUUGACUACACUUCACACUAACUACACAAGAUUUGCGCUAAAUGUCGCAAAUCUCUCACAUCUCAAAACACCGCCGUCACUCAUCAAACUUCCCCCCUUCAUGAAAAACUAAAUGCCAUGUUGCCAUAUCAUUUUUUGAUUGGUGGACAUGGUACAUUUUUCCACCAAUAGGAAAGGGUGGGGGUUUUUUGGUUUUGUUUUUGCUCACAGGUAGAGAGCGCUUUCGAGCGUUUUCCUUAUAAAACGCCGUUUUUACCGUUUCUUCCCGCAGUAAAUAUAAACAACGAUAGUAUUCAGGAAGAAAACCAAACAUUGCAUAUAUUUUUAUCAUAACUCUGGUUUUACGUGGCCUAUCAACACAAUUUAAAAACUGGUAUAAAGUCCACACUUUUUCCGUUAAUUGUUCCAUCUGUCCUGCUCACAUCUCCAAUGGUUGUACACGUUGUCAUUAACGUGGCUUCACUCCACAUCAGCCACACCGCUUUGCUAGCUAGCAAACCGGUGUCAUAGGACGCUAUGACACAUAAGGACGCUGUCAGAGCCUGUCAACGACGUUGAUUGGCUGCGUAUAUACGAAUGUGAAUCGCAUUAUUGGCUGGACUAUGGAAUAAGGUGGCAUCGUUCUAAUCCCAUACGGGAGCAGCCAGUCACUUACUGACUAACACUGCAAAACAGAAUUGUUAAAGUAUUAAUUUUAAUUUCAAUUCAGGUUAGAUUUAUUUUCUGUGUGCAACGCAGAUUUUCUGUGCGCAGAGACCGUGCCAGCAGUGCGCAAUUGCGCACACGCGCAGCUUAGAGGGAACAUUGACUACAACUCAUACACAAGAUUUUACAUUCAAACAAAACAUAAACAAAAUUCUGUAAUUACAAGUAUUAAAGUAUGUUAACACUUAGCUGUGCGUGUCACCGUCAGAAUGCCUAUCAUGUUUUAUUUGUGAAAAGAAGAAACUUCUCAUUUUCAGAUAAUAUCGGGUUUAUGUAAAUCUGUUGUGUUUAGGUUUGACACUUAAAAGAGAGUUUUAUUUGCUUAUGUGCCCCCACCCCCCUUGUUCCCCCUCACUUUACUAGAGAAAUGGAUAUUUAAGACUCUUUUAUAAGAAUAUUGUCACCUAAAACAGACACAACUUGUAUUACAAAGUAUGUACAGUAAAUAUUUAAGAUGUUAUAGGUAUUUUAACUAAGUCCAUUUAAUGCCCCGCUAGCUAACUUUGCACAGCGCUUCAGUUUAAGAAGAAAUCUAAUAUUUUAUAGUUUGUGUAUCUACACUGUGAUGGUGGCUAUUAGGACUGCUGCAGGACUCCUAGCUACUGUAUGACUGUGUGGUUCUGUAUGAGUGCAUACCGUAAGGAGGUCAGUGGGUAUUUGAGGGAGUGCAUGCACGUAUGUGAGUGCUGGUGUGAAUGUGGUGUGUGCAAUAGUUUGUUGGUCUAGUGAACCAAUAUGCCAGCCUCACACACAGUUGUCCUGUUGUUAAUCUAAAUCUGUGGGUCUAUGUCUUAGUCCAGGUCUCUUUCUGUUUCUCCCUCUUUGACUCCUUUUGUCUCUUUGCUUUGUUGGGACAUACAGGGUAACAUAAAGGGGGUGGGAGUAUAACGUGGGGUGACUGGUGUGCCUGAGUAUUGAACUCAAGUAAUAAUGAAUUAGUAAGGCCUGUCCCAGCCUCACCUGUGGGUGUGUUCUUGUGUAAAUAGAUAUUCUGUAGAUGCCAAUUAGCAAAUAUGGAAAAGAUGAUUAACUUACAGCAUUGAAAGAGAUUCCUUCAAAAAUAAUAUUAACACUUAAUAAAGGUUUUCACUGUAAAUCUCUGUUGUGCUUUUUAACAUUUAUUAUUUUAACCAAAGCUAUGAAGUUUUUAAAGGGCAAACCGUGUAAAUGGAUGAGACAUGUGACAGUAUAUAUAAUAAUAAUAAAUACACAUUAUGGUUUAUUCUCUGCUGUUUAAAUGGCUAAAGCAGCCUUUCACCCUCCCCCCUGUCCGGUCAUUUACCC